AUGGCCGACUCGAGCACAUCGUCGCUCACGUCCACCUCCCACACCCUCACCAUUGCUGCGCCGUACGGCAUCAUGGCGCCCGGGUCUGGAUCCAUGCCCUCGCUGGGCGACAUCGCUUCGGCCCUCGCCUUCCGUGACACGACGCGCCGGAAACCCCGCGAGGCGUUCCUUACGCCCAACGCUGCGUUGUCGACCGCCUCGUCCGAGAUUACCCAGGUGGCCCUCGGCACGUUUGCCGGACUGAUUAGCGACGAGCAGCAGGAGCGGCUGCGGCAGAUGCACGCUGCGACGGCGGCGCGGAAAAAGCGCAAGCGGGCCAGCAAGGGUGCGACCGCUGCCCGUGCAGAUGGCGACAACGACGACGACGAGAACGACAAGUUCGUGCGGCCCGUCGGCCCUAUUCUCAAGAUCCGGCGCGUGCACGUCGACGGUUUUGAGGUUCCUCAGAUCUGGCAGCAGUCGAACCGCAUCCUUGCCACCAGCACACAGCAAUCCCAGUCUAUACUCGACCGAUUGGAGCAGGAGGACGAGUCGGACGCAGACGACGAUCACGAUGCGACCCCAACAAACGGUGUCUACGCCGGCUCCGACGGCGAGGAGGAUGGCGAGGACGAAGAGAACCGGCUCGAGGAUGACCUGGCUGUUCUAGAGGCCGAGGAGGAUGAAGAUGACGAUGACCUGAGCAUGGGCGAAGAUGGCGAGGAUGAUUUUGGCGAAGACGACGAGGCGGAGGAAGAUGAGGCCGAGGAUGAUGAGGUUGAAGAUACAGGCCACGGUCCUGCAAAGGAGUUUGUCGAGGAUGCGGACGGCCUCAACGACGGCUUCUUUGACAUCAACGAGUUCAACAAGCAAUCACAAUGGUUUGAGGCACAAGACGCCCGCGCAGAUCCAAACACGGACGCCGCGAGCGACGACGACGAGCUGGACUGGCACAGCGAUCCAUUUGCAGUGCCAGUUGGCGGCAAGAAGGCAAAGAAGGACGGCAAGGCGGCCACAUCCAAGUCCAAGUCCAAGUCCAAGUCUAAAAAGGGCCGCGGCCCACACGACUCGGAUGACGACGACGACGACAAUGGUGCCGGCGGCGAGGACGACGAUGAAGAGGACGGCCCGCCCAUCUUUGGCAACAUGGACCUCGACGCGCCGUCAGGUGAGAGCGACAUUGAAGACAUGGACGACACCACCAACGGCGGCUUGGCCAGCGGGUUUGGCGACGUGGACCUGACGGCCAACGACAUCUUCUACAAGGACUUCUUCGCACCACCCGCCAAGAAGCGUGGCGACCGCGACCGGCCGGGACGCCAAUCGGCCAAGACCAACGGCGACGACAGCGCCAACAAGCCCUUCCAGCCCGACGAGGCCGACGUCCAGCGCGCCAUCAAGGACGUGCGCCGCGACCUGUUUGAGCAGAUCUCCGACGCAUCGGGCGACGAGGACUCGGACGGGAUAGAUGCGCUGUCGGACGCCUCGGCAGGCGACGUGCGCAGCCGCCGGUCCGCCCACGAGCGGCGCCAGGCCAAGAUUCUCGCCGAGAUCCGCCGCCUCGAGGCCGAGGCCGUCAAGGAGAAGAACUGGACGGUGUCGGGCGAAGCCUCGGCGUCGGCGCGUCCGGUCAACUCGCUGUUGGAGGAGGACCUGGACUUUGAGCACAUUGGCAAGCCCGUGCCCGUGAUCACCCAGGAAAUCACCGAGGACAUUGAGGCGCUCGUCAAGCGCCGCAUCCUCGAGCAGUCCUUUGACGAGGUGCGCCGGCGGUACGGCACGGGCUUUGGCGAGGACGCGGACGGCACGCGCCGUGGCCUGGUUGCGAUUGACGACAGCCAGGCCAAGAAGGGCCUGGCCGCCGUCUACGAGGAGGAGCACCAGCAGGCGGCCAACCCGGACACGUACGUCAGCCAGUCGGACGAGCGCGUGCAGGCCGAGGAGCGCGAGGUGGAGCGCAUGUGGCUGGACGUGAGCGCCAAGCUGGACGCGCUGAGCAACUGGCACUACAAGCCGCGGCCCGCGGCCCCGCAAAUGUCCGUGGUGGCCGAUGUGGCGACGGUCACGAUGGAGGAUGCGCAGCCGGCCACGGCCCAGGGUGUCAGCGGCGGUGCGAGCAUGCUGGCGCCGCAGGAGGUGUACAAGCCGGGCGCGGACAAGAAGGACAAGGAAAAGGACGUUGUGGUGGUGCCGCGGAGCGGUCUGCCGGUGGCGCGCGACGAGAUGACGCGCGAGGAGAAGCUGCGGCGCCGGCGGCGCAACAAGGAACGCAUCCGCAAGAGCGGCAGCGGCAUGACCAACGGCAACGGCACAGCCGCAGGAGGCGCGUCUGCCGCAGCCUCUGCUGGCAGUGGUGCUGCGGCCAACGCUUCGCAGGCCGACACGAUCGCAACGCUGAAGCGUGCCGGUGUCAAGGUGAUCGGCCGCAAGGGCGAGCUCCAGGACGUGAAGGGCAACAAGCCGCAGGUCUCGCGGGCGUUGUCGAGCGGCAACUUCAAAUUGUAG